GCCCACCCGCAACCAGCAACCCCCUCAAUCAACCACUCAUCCGCCUCUCCAACCCAAUCUCACCCACUUUUUUCUUUUCCUUUCUUUUUUCUCAUUUCCCACUCCCAUCCAUCUCCCCAGCUGAAUUCUGCAGCCGGAUCGGAGUCCUCUAGAUCACCCCCCAAGAGAUAGAAGAAUAAGAAGAAGAAGAAGAAGAUGGAGUCGGCGCCACCCACAUCGCCCUCGGAGAAGACCCAGCUCCUGGACGCUCCCCUCUACGCAAUUGGCUUCGAGCUUCACGAACUCUCGCCGGAAAAGGUCACCGGCCGGCUACUAGUCACUGACAAGUGUUGCCAGCCAUUCAAGGUGUUACAUGGAGGGGUGUCGGCGCUGAUAGCGGAGUCACUGGCGAGCAUCGGAGCUCACAUGGCGUCGGGGCUGCAGAGGGUGGCCGGAAUUCACCUCAGCAUCAACCAUCUCCGGCGAGCGGAGCUUGGCGACCUCGUCAACGCUGAAGCCAACCCGGUCAACGUCGGUAAAACCAUUCAGGUAUGGGAGGUACGGCUUUACAAAAUUGAUCCUAAAAACAUGGAAAAGAGACAUUUGAUAUCAUCGUCUAGGGUUACUCUUCUAUCUAACAUGCCUGUGCCAGAGCAUGCAAAGGAUGCAGCUGAAAACAUCAAGAAGUAUGCAAAAUUAUAGCAAUAAAAAGCUUCAAAUAAGUGUUCACCCAGUAACACUAUGUAGAAUACACGUACAUAGAUUCAGAGCAUUAAGGGCACCAUAGAGAAGGGCUUGUCUGAAGGACACUAGAAAAGACUGGCUGCUUGAAUUUGUGGUGGAUAAUAAUUGAAAUCCUUUGAGUUCCACUGAA